GCUCAAGCUGUCUCCGGUGUGAAUGGGACGGAAACGGGCGCCUGUGUGCAUGAACCUAUUUAUUGUAUCAAUAAAACAAAUAUGCACACAAUUUAAUUUAUUUAGUUAAUAACUCUUCAACUUAAGACAUCGUUUUAGACCGCAGCAAAAAAGUAGGCUACGGACACAGUGGCUAUUAUCCAUUUAGUCGCUUUAAUUCUUUGACCCAUUCUGACACAGACUCCUGUCUUCCCCUCCUUCUCUCCUCUCCUCCUCUCCACCAUGCUGACUCGUCUGUUCCGCCUGCAUGGGCUGUUGGUGGCCUCCCACCCCUGGGAGGUGAUCGUUGGCACGGUAACCCUCACCAUCUGCAUGAUGUCCAUGAACAUGUUCACCGGCAACAACCAGAUCUGUGGCUGGAACUACGACUGCCCCAAGAUGGAGGAGCAGGUUCUCAGCAGUGACAUCAUCAUCCUGACCAUCACACGCUGCAUCGCCAUCCUCUACAUCUACUUCCAGUUCCAGAACCUGCGACAGCUCGGAUCCAAGUACAUCCUGGGGAUCGCCGGCCUCUUCACCAUUUUCUCCAGCUUUGUUUUCAGCACAGUCGUCGUUCACUUCCUGGAUAAAGAACUGACUGGCCUCAACGAGGCUCUUCCCUUCUUCCUCCUCCUCAUCGACCUCUCCAAGGCCUGCGCGCUCGCCAAGUUCGCCCUGAGCUCCAGCUCUCAGGACGAGGUGAGGGACAACAUCGCUCGGGGCAUGGCCAUCCUGGGGCCUACCUUCACCCUGGACGCCCUGGUGGAGUGUCUGGUCAUCGGAGUGGGCACCAUGUCAGGUGUUCGCCAGUUGGAGAUCAUGUGCUGCUUUGGCUGCAUGUCUGUCCUGGCAAACUACUUUGUGUUCAUGACCUUCUUCCCUGCCUGCGUGUCUCUGGUGCUGGAGCUCUCCAGGGAGAGUCAGGAGGGUCACCCUGUCUGGCAGCUGGGCCACUUCUCCAGAGUGAUGGAGGAGGAGGACAACAAGCCUAACCCCGUCACCCAGAGAGUCAAGAUGAUCAUGUCCCUGGGUCUGGUGAUGGUCCACGCCCACAGCCGCUGGAUCGCUGAGCCCUUCCCCGCCAACGCCACGACAGCGCGGCCCCAGGUGGGCAUGAGCCUGGACCAGCACACCCCCAAGAGGAUCGACCCCGACACCCCCCUCUGGCAGUUCUACCUGUCCAGGAUGGUGAGCCUGGAUGUGGAGCAGGUGAUCUGCCUGGGUCUGGCUCUGCUGCUAGCAGUGAAGUACGUCUUCUUUGAGCAGGUGGAGAUGGAGUCCACCCUGUCCCUGAAAAGCCCGCCCUCCGCCGCCCCCCCCCCCUCCUCCUGCUGCAGGACGGAGCCCACCGCCCGCGCCCUGUCCCCCCGCGCCCCCCCCACCCUGGCCAUCGCCACCAAGGAAGAGAGAGCUGAGGUGAUACGGCCGCUGCCCCCCAAAGCUGAGCUCCAGCACAGAACCAUCUUCAUCCUGGGGGACGAGGGGAACACCCAGCCCCCACAGGCACCCCAGCCCCCCCUGACCCACCAGAUUCAGCCCCCACAGGGGCCUCAGGGCCCCCAGCCCAGCCUGCCCUACACCCCCCGACCCCUGGAGGAGUGUCUGUCCAUCCUGAAAAACCCAGAGAAGGGAGCUGGUUUCCUUAGUGAUGAGGAGGUGAUGCUGCUGGUACAGUCCAAGAACAUUCCAGCCUACAAGCUGGAGGCCACGAUGCAGACACCGGAGAGGGGCGUGGCCAUACGCAGACACAUGCUGGCGUCCAGCCUGCCCUGCCCCGGAGCGCUCUCCUCUCUCCCCUACCUCAACUACGACUACUCUAAGGUGAUGGGCACCUGCUGUGAGAACGUGAUUGGCUACAUGCCUGUACCGGUGGGUGUGGCCGGGCCAUUGCACCUGGACGGGCGGCAGUUCCAGGUCCCCAUGGCAACCACAGAGGGAUGCCUGGUUGCCAGCACCAACAGAGGUUGCCGAGCAAUAGCUCUGGGCGGUGGGGCCAGCAGCAGGAUCCUGGCGGACGGGAUGACGCGGGGGCCGCUGGUGCGGCUGCCCUCCGCCUGCAGGGCUGCUGAGGUGAAGGCCUGGCUGGAGAGCAGCGAGGGCUUCUGCGCCAUCCAGGAGGCCUUCGACAACACCAGCAGGUUUGCUCGUGUGCAGAAGCUCCUGAUUGGCUUAGCUGGUAGAAACCUGUACAUCCGCUUCCAAUCCCGAACCGGCGACGCCAUGGGGAUGAACAUGAUCUCUAAGGGUACAGAGCAGGCCCUGGCCAGGCUGCAGGAACAGUAUCCAGACCUGCAGGUGUUAGCGGUCAGCGGUAACUUCUGCACCGACAAGAAGCCGGCCGCCAUCAACUGGAUCGAGGGCCGAGGGAAGUCUGCUGUAUGUGAGGCCACCAUCCCUGCCAAGGUGGUCCGAGAGGUGUUGAAGACCAGCACAGCUGCUCUGGUGGACGUCAACAUCAAUAAGAACCUGGUGGGCUCAGCCAUGGCCGGCAGCAUCGGCGGCUACAACGCUCACGCCGCCAACCUGGUGGCCGCCAUCUACAUCGCCUGUGGACAGGACCCCGCCCAGACGGUGGGCAGCAGCAACUGCAUGACGCUGAUGGAGGCGUGUGGGCCGGGGGGAGAGGACCUCUACGUCAGCUGCACCAUGCCCUCCUUGGAGCUGGGCACCGUGGGUGGGGGCACCAUCCUGCCCCCCCAGCAGGCCUGCCUCAAGAUGCUGGGGGUGCAGGGGGCGUGCCAGGAGAGUCCGGGGGAGAACGCGCGGCAGCUGGCCAGGGUGGUGUGUGCCACGGUGCUGGCAGGAGAGCUGUCCCUCAUGGCUGCUCUAACCGCCGGACACCUGGUCAAGAGCCACAUGGCCCACAACAGAUCCAAGAUAAACCUGCAGGAAGCUCCAGGGAUCUGCACGGAGAAGGCAUCCUGAGCACUUUUGUUCUCUAGGGUUAUCCAGGGGUUUCCCAAGGUUCUUGAGGGUUCUCUCACCAAGGAGAGAGCACAAACCAACCACUAAACAAGGCCGCUUUCAUUUCAGAAUUCAGCAUCAAUCAAUACAGACCUGUAGACAUAUUGUAAUAUUUAAAGGGAUUCUACUAAGCAGGUCCAAGCAGACUAGGUUUCCAGACGAUGUCUCUAAUGUGAUGGUCUGUGGUACCAUGACUGAGGUGGGACAUCUAUUCCUCAUGACAAUGUUUGUAUAAUUUAAGAUGGGAAUAUGUGAACUGAGAGCUGGAUGAACGGCACAGUUUGCAUCUGUCUCCUUCAACAAUUAAGGGUGAUUGUGUUUGUUAAAAAGGGAUUUGUCAGUAUAAAAGGAAUUUUAUGUUGCGCAGCACGCAAAGUAAGACAGAACAAAAUAUUGCAAAGUACACGCUAAUGUUUUACCAACAAGUAUAAAUUGCCAAAUACAGCCUUCUUAACCUAGAACCAAUCAUUCCUUUAAGUGAAUGUUUUUCUGUUGAGUGUGAAUGGCCCCUAAAAGCAGUUCCGUUGUAGCUUACCUUACUAUGUACUUUAUUGAGAUUGAAUACGUGUG